CACUCUGGUCGUCCUUUCACAAGAUCCCAGGUAUGAGUGGCCUCUAAAGCAUCAGUUUCUGAGGUCAUGGCAUCCUCCCACUAAGGCAGGCCACUAUCCUGCUUAUAGGUGGCAGGAACAAAUAUGGGAGGAGCCGAAGUAGAAAAUGCCACGAAGUUAGAAUAACAAGUUGGGGCUUGGCCACGAGUACUUCGAGUAGUGAGACGGAGCUGAGGACCAGAUUCAACACCCGAUCCCAAGGAAUCAUCAUCGUCCAUGGAGGACGAACCGAAGGAAGACUACAAGGAAGACUGCUGGGAGGAAGUUGGGGAAGCGGAACCUGCACUGUCCACAGAGGAGGACUCAGCCGACAAGGACAUCGAGCUGGAAGGUGGCUACGGGGGAUCUACAUCCUCUAUAAUGAUUGAAGGAAUAGCCAGGAAUGGAGAAACCGACACCAAAAAAACCAAGUUGUGAGUUGGACGAAGACUCAGCAGUAGUAUAGUAUGGACUAUGGAGUAUGCUCAAGGAAUACCACAUGACAAGAAAUCCGGAGACGCUAAUUAAAGACAUCGUAACACAUUUAGCCCUUAUGUUUUUCACUGUAGCCCACAAACAUGCAUUUUGCUGCCUUCGGUGAAAGCUUAUUCCUCUCAUGACAAGGAAGGACACAGCACACACAGCCAAAAACCCGGAGCCAUUUUUAGUUCGGAAUCCAGGAGUAAAGGGCUUCAUACGGA